AUGACUCAUCCUGAUGACUGUCAGUGUCAAAGUCUUGAGAGCAAGAGCAUUGUACGUCAGCAGCGGUGGCGUGAAAUCUGUGCGAAGUUUUACUUCGAUCAAGACAGGGCGGCCAAACGCGUGUUCGAGUACUAUGAAGCAAGCAAAAGGGAUGAAAUUAGUAUUGCUACGGAAGAAGGCGCUACAGUUGAGGAUGGAGAAUUCAAUGAGCUUGUACUGAUGCUGGGACUGUUCAAGUGCACGAUGCCUGGUCAUGAAGAGAAUUUGAGCCGAACAAUUCAAAUGCUGGAAGUCGUGAAGAAUGACGUGCGAGCGAGAUAUCAUGAUCAUGUUUCUCAUGAAAGGUAUGCAGAGUUUCAUGCUAGAGCAAAGGAAAGUCAGGGAACCAACUUUAAGCUUUGGACGAAUGACAAGGGUGAAGCGCAAGUGUCCGUUCGUAUUCAGCAUGAUUACUUGCGUUCGAGAGAGAACUACAGCAAAAUGAUGAACCGUGUCGAGGUAUUCAUUAAGAAGCAUUUACCCAAUGUUGGUUGUCAUCCUUUCCUAGUAGGACUUCGUGCUGCUUUGCAGUGGAAUCUAGAGAGCUCAACCGUUGUGGCUUGGAAAUUAUCGGACUCGGUAUUUAUUGAAAGUGGUGAUUUUCAAUUCACACACAAUGCACUUGCACUAUUGGUAGCUACACUAAACUUUAGCCACUGUGAGCAGAUUGGCAAGAGCGAUUCAUGUGGUGGUAGCAUUCAACAAACCCGUGUGAAGAUUCGCCAUUGGUAUCUCGAUCCGUUCCUGUCCGAUCACGAUAUCCGUCAACUUAUACGACGAUUUCCUGCUAUCAAGCGUCUGGAUGGAAAACCAACUGGUACAAAAGUCAUUACAAAGAUUGAUCGAGUGAAUGUCCAUGGACAGCAAGAUGAGACUCGUCCGUUUUUCAAACGGUGGUGUCUUGUGCUAUAG